UCUGAGGACAUUCAAGGCCCUUUGAUGAAUUAAUAACAGAUCAUUGUAUGAGCGAUAGAUGUGUACAUCUGAAAUAAGUAAAUCAUAUAUUUCUGAUAACCUGUAAGAUUCUCCCAAAUGAUUAGUACACUAAAACUAUUUAUAUCAAUUUCUGUUACCCUAAACAGUGUUCAUCCAUGGAUGUUAAACUGAAUUUAUUAAGUAUAAACGCAUGACUUUAAUUGAAUGAAACAAGUUUUAUCUACACUACGUGAAAAAGUAUCAUUACCCUAAAGAAUGCAAGGCAAUUAACAUGGAUACAAAUAAUGUUAAAAAGGAAACUUUUGAUGACAAGGAGACAGCCAAAAUGACUAGAGGGUCGACUAAUAUGGUCUACUCUGUGGAGGAAACGCCACCUUGGUACCUGUGUCUGCUGCUUGGGUUUCAGCAUUAUUUGACAGCCUUUGGUUCAAUCAUUGCGGUUCCAAUCGUGCUGAGGGAGUACUUCUGCUUAGACGAAGAUACUGUAGGACUAGGCGAGCUUAUUGGGACUAUUUUCUUUGUAUCUGGCAUCGCAACAUUGCUUCAAACAACAUUUGGAGUAAGGUUACCAAUAGUUCAAGGUGGGACUCUAAGUUUCAUCGCACCGGCUGUAGCCAUAAUGCUUCAACCACAGUGGCAAUGUCCAUACACAGAGGCUAGAAAAGCUAACGAAAGCAUAGUCAAUUUCACAGCUAUUGGCUUACCUGACAUUGGAAGUGACGGCCAUCGAGAGAUUUGGAUGUCAAGAAUAAGAGAGAUUCAAGGUGCCGUAAUGGUGGCUUCAUUAUUCCAAAUUGUGGUUGGAUUCAGUGGUCUCCUUGGUAUCAUACUCAAGUUUGUCGGUCCAUUAGCAGUGGCGCCAACUAUAACACUUAUUGGAAUGUCACUGUUUUCCGCAGCAGCUAAUAAAGCAGCCCAACAAUGGUGGAUUGCCUUAGUAACCAUGUUUCUGGUCACACUGUUUAGUCAGUUCCUAGGGAAAAUUAAAAUUCCUUGUAUGACCGGAAUGGACGGAAGGAAGUGCAAAACAACAAAACUACCAGUGUUUGAUUUAUUUCCGAUAUUGCUUGCAAUGGUUAUUACAUGGAUCAUUUGUGCUAUCCUAACGGCAACGGAAGUUCUUCCUAACAUACCAGGGAAGUGGGGUUACAACGCCCGAACGGAUACAAAGAACUAUGUUUUACAGCAAUCGGAAUGGUUUCGUUUCCCAUACCCAGGACAAUGGGGUGCUCCCACUGUUAGUGUAGCUAGUGUGUUCGGAAUGAUGGCCGGUGUUAUAGCCUCCAUGAUAGAAUCUGUAGGUGACUACUAUGCAUGCGCCAGACUUUCUGGAGCCCCACCCCCACCUACACAUGCCAUAAACAGAGGAAUUGGUAUAGAAGGAAUUGGCUGCCUUUUAGCUGGAGCAAUUGGGACUGGUAACGGCACCACGUCAUACAGUCAUAAUAUUGGAGUAAUAGGACUCACCAAGGUUGGUAGCCGUCGAGUCGUUCAAGUUGGAGGUGUUAUAAUGAUACUCCUCGGCUGUCUGGGAAAGAUCGGAGGCCUCUUUUCGACUAUUCCCGAUCCAGUUAUAGGUGGCAUGUUUAUGAUAACAUUUGGAAUGAUAACGUCUGUUGGGUUAUCGAAUUUACAGUAUGUAGACUUAAACUCGUCAAGAAAUCUUUUCAUCCUCGGUGUUUCUUUAUUCUUUGGGUUCAGUAUGCCGAACUGGAUGUCAGCAAAUCGAGAUGUCAUACAAACAGGCAACGAUGUAGUCGACCAGAUAUUAACAGUUUUACUCAGCACAAGUAUGUUUGUUGGCGGAGCACUUGGUCUUAUUCUAGAUAACGCCAUACCUGGUACAGAAGAAGAAAGGGGAAUUAAGAAAUGGAGAACUGCAUUAUCAGAAGAUGGCGAUAAUAACGGAAGAUCUGAUAUGCAUAUCUAUGAUUUCCCGCUGAUUCAGAGAUGUUUCGACAAAGUUCGUAUAUUUGAAUAUAUACCAUUCUGUCCAACAUUCAUGAGACCAAGGAGUACUGAAACACUUGAAGUAUAUGUCGAUGAGGAAAAGGAGAAGUCAAAAAGCAGAGAAGCUGACUUGACUUAUGUUGCUGACAAUAUUGCAAUGACAACAAAUGAUGAACAAUUUAAUACAAAAUUCUAAGAAUUUGUCUGUGGGCGUAGUGUUUUUAGUUAUUUUACACAAUAGAUUGAUAUGUUAAAGUUCCCAUAUAUACUCAUUUUAUCGCAUAUCGAAUAACAUUUAUUAUUCCUUGCUACAUAAUAUGUAAUUUUGAAAUAUAUUAAAAUGGUAAUAAAAUUGUAUGAUACAAACUACAA